AUUUUAAUAGCGGGGAUGAUGAAAUUUGGAGCUUCUAUAAGACGACCUUAACCUAUUUCCUGAUCCUACAAAGGUCAUACAUUUGAAAGUGGUAGUGCCAUUUGAACAGGCACACAAACGAGACUCAAGUGUUGAAAGAUGAUGUGGAAAGUACUCUCAAAGAACUUUUCUGGUGGCAAAGCGUUACUUGGAAACACACAGAGAUGGAUCUCGACAUCCUCCAGUGUUUGGCAAAAGGUUACCAUCAGCAAGUUUGACCAGGACAGGUACUUGGACUAUGGGAAGAUGGCUGAAAAUGUGGCCAUUGUCAAGGACAGACUCCAGCAGCCACUGACAUUGUCCGAGAAGAUAGUGUACGGUCACCUGGACAGCCCCAAGACUCAGGACCUAGUGAGGGGAGAGUCUUACCUCAACCUCAGGCCAGACAGGGUGGCCAUGCAGGACGCCACUGCACAGAUGGCCAUGCUCCAGUUCAUCAGCAGUGGCCUGCCCAAGGUGGCCGUCCCAUCCACCAUUCACUGUGACCAUCUCAUCGAGGCUCAGUUGGGGGCAGAGCAGGAUCUUGAGACAGCCAAACAACUCAACAAAGAAGUGUACGACUUUCUGGCCACUUCUGCUGCUAAAUAUGGACUAGGCUUCUGGAAACCAGGCAGUGGAAUUAUUCAUCAGAUCAUUCUAGAGAACUAUGCCUACCCUGGGCUGAUGUUGAUCGGCACUGACAGUCACACACCCAAUGGAGGUGGUCUUGGGGGUGUGCUCAUAGGAGUGGGCGGGGCUGAUGCAGUGGAUGUGAUGGCCGGUCUGCCGUGGGAGCUCAAGUGCCCCAAGGUGAUUGGUGUGAAGCUCACAGGUCAGCUACGAGGGUGGACGGCCCCCAAAGAUGUGAUACUCAAGGUUGCUGAUGUUUUGACGGUGGCCGGUGGCACUGGGGCCAUCAUCGAGUACCACGGACCAGGAACAGAGUCCAUCUCUUGCACUGGGAUGGCCACCAUCUGUAACAUGGGUGCAGAGGUCGGGGCCACCACGUCACUGUUCCCCUACAACCAUCGCAUGAGCUCCUAUCUCAAAGCCACCGGAAGAGGAGCAAUUGCUGAGCUGGCUGAUCGCAAUGCCAACAUCCUAGUUCCGGAUGAGGGUGCUCAGUACGACCAACUGGUGGAGAUCAACCUUGAUGAGCUUGAGCCGCUGGUCAAUGGUCCGUUCACCCCUGACCUGGCCAACCCCAUCUCACAACUAGGCAAGAAUGCUCAGGAGAAAGGAUGGCCCAUGGACAUCAAAGUCGCUCUUAUUGGCAGUUGCACCAACAGUUCUUAUGAGGACAUGGGUCGUUCGGCCAGCAUUGCCAAACAAGCUCUGAAACAUGGCCUUAAAGCAAAGUCAGCCUUCACCGUGACCCCUGGGUCAGAGCAGAUCAGGGCCACCAUUGAGAGAGAUGGAAUGGACAAACCGCUUAUGGACAUUGGAGGAGUGGUGCUGGCCAAUGCUUGUGGCCCGUGUAUUGGUCAGUGGAACAGACAGGACACCAAGAAGGGAGAUAAGAACACCAUAGUCACCAGCUACAAUAGGAACUUCACUGGAAGGAACGAUGCCAACCCUGAAACACACGCAUUCGUGGCCUCACCUGAAAUUGUGACCGCCCUGGCCUUGGCUGGUCGACUGGACUUCAACCCCUUGACUGACUCCCUAACUGGCUCUGACGGUACCUCCUUCAAACUGGAAUGCCCUGAUGGAGAUGAGCUUCCAGAAAAUGGGUUUGACCCAGGACAAGACACAUACCAGGAGCCCCCAGUAGACGGCUCUGAUAUUAGUGUCCAGGUGGACCCUAACAGUAAUCGUCUCGAAUUGUUGACCCCAUUUCAUCGGUGGGAUGGUAAAGAUUUGGAGGAUGCCCUCGUUCUUAUAAAAGUCCAUGGUAAGUGCACAACGGAUCACAUCAGUGCCGCCGGGCCAUGGCUCAAGUACAGAGGUCACCUGGACAACAUCUCCAAUAACAUGUUCAUCACUGCCACGAAUGCUGAGAACAAGGAUCUGAACAACGUCAAGAACCAGCUCACUGGAGAGUUCGGAGGAGUGCCAGACACUGCCAGAUACUACAAGUCUCAAGGAGCUCCGUGGGUGGUCAUUGGUGAUGCCAACUACGGGGAGGGCAGCAGUAGAGAACACGCUGCUCUGGAGCCACGGCACCUCGGGGGAAGGGCCAUCAUCGUCAAGAGCUUUGCUCGGAUUCAUGAGACCAACCUGAAGAAGCAGGGAAUGCUUCCCUUCACCUUCUCUGACCCUAGUGACUAUGACAAGGUUCAACCAACCGAUCGAGUGUCUCUCUUGGGACUGGCAGAGCUGGCACCAGGAAAGCCGGUGAGGUGUGUUCUGAAACACUUGGACGGGAGCAGCGAUGAGAUCCAACUCCAGCACACUAUGAACCAGGCACAAAUAGGGUGGUACAAGGCGGGUAGUGCGCUGAACAAAAUGGCGGAGGUCCUCAAGUCUUAAUUUGUGAACAAAACUGAUAGACUGUGUUUCCUAUAUGUAGUAUCAUUAGCGGAUUUUCUACAUCCGAUUAUGCUGCUUACAUGUGUACUGUAGCUCGAAGUUUGUGCAUAUGCAUGUUAAUUGUCCAAUAUCUCUAAAAUAUAAUGUUUCUCACUGUA